UUUAUUUAUUUUGCUGUGUAGGGUCACUUUUCCCCUGAUCCCCCUGAAGAGGAAGAAGAGCUCUCUCCUGACUCCUCUUCUCUCCUUAAGAAAAUCAAAAACAAAAACACAAAGAAGAGAACUUUCCCUCACCACACCCCCUCCCUCCUUCUCUCUCUCUCUCUCUCUAGAAAUGGACAGCCCUAUCGUCAUCCCGGGAGCCCAAACUCCAUCGCCGACCACCGCCGGAAGAAGACGAACCAGCCCUGAUUCAAACUCGCUGGACUUCGAGUUCUGGAUGGUCCGGAACCCGUCUUUUCCCCAGCCCAACCUCCUCUCCGCCGACGAGCUCUUCGUCGACGGCGUCCUUCUCCCCCUCCACCUCCUCCCCCACAACCACACGGAGCAUCCCGACCCGAAUCCAGAACCUGAUCCGGAAAAUCCCGAACCUUCACCGCCCGACUUAGGGCCAAAGAUAUCUUCGUCCUCGGCGGCGGUGGAUUCGUCGACGCCUUCUCUCGGCGCAUCGAAGCGGUGGAGAGAUAUUUUCAAGAAAGGAGAUAAAGAGAAGAAGAGCGCGAAGAGCGAACAAGAAGAUAGUAAGGACAAGGAAAAAGAGAAAGAGAAAGAGAAAGAAAAGGAGAAGAAGAGAGAGAGAAAGAGCAGCGGCGGCGGAGGCGGUACGAGCUCCUCCGCUGAGCUCAACAUCAACAUAUGGCCGUUCUCGCGGAGCAGAUCCGCCGGCAAUGCUUGCACCCGACCCAAGGCUGUUUUUGGAGCAGCUGGUCCGACUCGGAAGGUGAACAGUGCGCCGUGUUCGCGGAGCAACUCGGCUGGGGAGUCCAAGUCCAGGAAAUGGCCUAGCAGUCCGGGCCGGCCCGGGGUCCAUUUGGGACGGAGCAGCCCGGUUUGGCAGGUCCGCCGGGGCGGCACCAGAAGCUUCGAUCCGCCGGUGAGGAAUGCGGAGAAGACGGCAAAGAAAGACGCAUCCGAGAGUCGGGUUAAACCCACCGGUGCCGCCGCAGGCGGCAGCGCCGGCGGCGGGGCGGCAAAGGCUAAAGUGUUGAAUUUGAAUGUGCCGAUGUGUAUGGGGUACAGGAACCAUUUGAGUUGUAGGAGUGAUGAGAAUAGCGCUUUAGGCAUCGGUAAUGGUGACGGCAGCGGGGGCGUAGGCGUCGGUAAAAACCCCGGUGGCGGCGGUGCAGGUGGCCGUGGUGUUGGUGUCGGGGGUGGUGGAAAUCUUUUUAACCUGCGUAGUCUUUUCACUAAGAAGGUGUAUUAGUAUUAACCCCUCUUGUUGUUUAUUUCACUUUUGGUAUAUAUAUCUAUAUAUAUAUAAGUUACUACCAAAGUCUGGUUUUUUAAUGUUUUUGCCAACCUCUCUUAUUUAAAGAAGUAUUCUUUUUUUUUUCCCCCCUUAAUCUACAUGUAAUUAACUACAAAUGUAGAUUCGCCAGUCUAACA